UCUCAAGUUCUCAACCCAACCCCCCGAAGGCACGAGAAACACCGAGAGCUCGAGAGGCGGACAUGGAGAAUGGCGACGGCAAGAGCGACGUCCCGGCGGACGCCAACGAGCAUUGCCCCGGAACGCAGUCGGAUGAGGCGGGGAAGGCGGAGGCCUGCGCCGGAUGCCCCAACCAGCAGAUUUGCGCCACCGCCCCCAAGGGCCCCGAUCCUGACUUAGUUGGUAUUGCUGAACGGAUGGCAACAGUGAAACACAAGAUACUGGUUCUGUCUGGGAAAGGAGGUGUAGGAAAGAGUACAUUUUCAGCCCAGCUCUCAUUUGCCCUUGCUGAAAUGGACUGCCAGGUUGGCCUUCUUGAUAUAGAUAUUUGUGGCCCUAGCAUCCCAAAAAUGUUAGGGCUUGAAGGCCAGGAUAUUCAUCAAAGCAAUCUUGGUUGGUCACCGGUCUAUGUGGAAUCCAACCUUGGUGUCAUGUCAAUUGGUUUCAUGCUGCCCAACCCAGAUGAUGCUGUCAUCUGGAGAGGCCCUCGCAAGAAUGGACUCAUCAAACAGUUCUUGAAGGAUGUUGAUUGGGGGGAGAUUGACUAUCUUGUGGUCGAUGCUCCUCCAGGAACAUCUGAUGAACAUAUUUCAAUUGUACAGUACCUGCAAGCAGCAGGAAUAGAUGGUGCGAUAAUUGUGACAACUCCCCAGCAAGUCUCCCUAAUUGAUGUGCGGAAGGAAAUAAACUUUUGCAAGAAGGUUGGCGUGCCAGUCUUAGGUGUUGUGGAGAACAUGAGUGGCUUAAGACAGGCCAUCUCAGAUUUCAGAUUUGUGAAGCAAGGCGAGGGAGGUGAGAUGGAUGCUACAGAAUGGGCGCUGAACUAUAUCAAGGAGAGAGCUCCUGAACUUUUGUCGAUGGUUGCAUGCAGCGAGGUGUUUGAUAGCAGCAAGGGUGGAGCGGAAAAAAUGUGCAGCGAAAUGGGGGUACCUUUCCUUGGUAAGGUGCCCAUGGAUCCACAGCUCUGCAAGGCAGCCGAGGAAGGGAGGUCAUGCUUCGUUGAUCCGAAGUGCAGUGCUAGUGCACCAGCUCUUAAAAGCAUAGUCAAGAAGCUGAUCAAGACUGAGUGAACUUUUUCAGAUAACUGAACAGUGAGUGAAGUAUUGAUGAUGGCUCUUGGGAAACUACUAAACAUGGAGAUGGAUAUAUGAAGCUACCAGUGUACAUGUACCUAUUACACCUCAUGUUUUGAAGUCUAGUUUUUGUUAUGUAGAAUUUUUCUGCUUGCGGAUCAGUUUCUGAGUCUGUUGGUACCCUACAUAAUUUGCAGGAUGCUAAAUUCACUAGAACAGUUGCUUUGA